AUGGUUGAUGCUUUCUGUGCCACAUGGAAGCUGAUUGACAGCCAGAACUUUGAUGAUUACAUGAAGGCACUUGGUGUUGGUUUUGCCACAAGACAAGUGGGAAACGUCACCAAACCAACAGUAGUGAUCAGUCAAGACGGGGACAAAGUGGUGCUGAAAACCUUGAGCACCUUCAGGAACACAGAGGUCUCCUCCAAACUGGGAGAGGAGUUUGAUGAGACCACACCUGAUGACCGAAAGGUCAAAUCUACUUUCACCAUGGAAGGAGACAAGCUUGUGCAUGUACAGAAGUGGGAUGGCAAGGAGACCAAGUUUGUGAGAGAAAUCAAGGAUGGGAAGAUGGUGAUGACUUUGACCUUUGACGGAGUCCAGGCUGUCCGCACAUAUGAGAAAGCCUAA